UAAACCGGAAGUAAACAAACAAUUCUCAAACGGUUGACAACUAAAAUUUAGAAAUUCAAUAAUAAAGUAUUCUUAACAGAAAAUAUGCCGAAGGAAGAAGUGCAAGACUAUUGGAUCCACGAAAGCAUCAAGGACAUAUCUUUCCAUGACUUGUUUGAGCUAGGGAAAGAGCUUGGAUGUGGUGCAACAUCUAAAGUAUUCAAAUGCACUGACAGAGGAACUGGUCAGCCCUACGCUGUGAAAAUCAUUAAUAAAAAGGUUGACAGAAAAGUUGUUGGAACAGAAAUUGGCAUUUUACUCACAAUCAAGCAUGACAAUGUGAUACGGAUGAAUAGAAUAUUUGAGACGCCCACACAAAUUUUACUGGUGCUUGAGCUUGUUACUGGAGGAGAAUUGUUUGAACGAAUCACAAAUAGGGGCCAUUAUUCUGAAAAAGAUGCUGCAUUGGCUGUGAAAGAAAUGCUUAUUGCAGUUCAGUUCCUUCAUGAGAAUGGUAUAAUUCACCGAGAUCUGAAGCCUGAAAACCUGUUGUAUGAAAAUUUGUCCCCUGAUGCCAAGUUAAAAAUUGCUGACUUUGGUUUAUCAAAAAUUAUUGGACAACAACUGACGACAAACACAGUGUGUGGUACCCCUGGUUACUGUGCACCUGAGGUAGUUAAAGGGUCUCAGUAUUCAAGCCCUGUUGACUUGUGGAGCAUAGGAGUGAUUGCAUAUAUUCUGUUGUGUGGUUAUGAACCAUUUUAUGAUGAUAAUGAUCAACAUAUGUACAAAAAGAUCAUCAAGGGAGAUUAUGAAUUUGAUUCACCAUACUGGGAUUAUAUAGGAGAAAAUGCAAAGGACCUGAUAAGAAAACUUUUGACUGUGAACAGUAAAAAAAGGCUUACAGCAGAGGAAGCUUUAAAACAUCCAUGGGUGAAAGGAAUGGCAGCAUCAGGUGAACAUAUGGAGAAGACACAGAACAAUAUCAAAUCAUUCAAUGCCAGAAGGAAAAUGAAGGCUUUAACAGAUAUAACGAUGGCUCUUGGUAAUCAGUUUAUGAUGCCGCAGCAGCAAACAGAUAGAAUUUCUACAAGUGAUGUUACUAUGCAGGUCCCGUCACAAACUCUGAUGUAAAACUUAUUGACAUAACUAUGCAGGUCCUGUCACAAACUCUGAUGUAAAACCAGUUUCUACUCGGUCAUGUGACAAAAAAUGAAUACAAACCAUGCGAACAAUAAGACAUGGAAAUAAGUUUUCAUUCAAAAAUUACAUCAUUAGGUGUUUUUAAGCAUUUGACUUCCCCAUGAAUAAUCAUUAACAAUGGGCCCACAAAAAUAAUGAGAAAAUGGAAUGAGAUAAUUUCAAGUUUUAAGUCAACAUAAUAAUGCAAGUGAUUUUUUUAACAAUUUACUUAUGUAAUCAGGUGAAAAGUUCAAGAAUUACAUUGGUGUAUACAGAUCUGAAAUGUACCAAUGAUGUUGUUGCCAGUAUUACCUAGGACUAAAUUUAUGUUACACCAAGGUAUCACGAUCAAUAUGCAUUUUUCAUUGUAUGAGUUUUGUGAAGGAUAUCUUUCUUUACUUCUAUCAUGGACUUAAUGAAUAUAGAAUAGCAGACACUUAGUGUGUGUGUGUAUGUCGAAGAUGAACUUUCAUUGGAAAUAAUGAUAAAAUAAUGUUUAUGUACAAUUUACUGCUGUGAUCGAUUUAGCCAAGUUACUGUAAACAUUACAAUGAAAUAUUAUUUACAUAUCAGUGUUUAUAUUUUAUCUAUCAAGUUAUACAGAUAUACUAUUUUUUCAUUAUCUGUUAUUGAUCUUUUUAAAGCUUAGUAUUCUCACACCAGUUUUACAACCUUUACUUGUCUUUUAUGUUUGUUUCUAUUUAAAGAGACUAUUAGAUAACUCUGUGAUAUGUUUAUAUUUUAUGUACUGAUCAUUUUAUGAACUGUUUUCACUCUAGUAAAAAAUUAGAUGUUUA